AUGGACAGCGACAGUUGGGAUGUUGUCGCUGCUCAAAUGAAGAAAAGCAUCAUUGACGAGAGGAGCAUUUUAUCCCAAUUCCCAACGGAAGCGGCCAGCAUCACAGCUCGAGAAAUUGUUCUUAGUUUAACGGCUGACUGCUCCUGCAAGAAGGCGGUGGUGGUAGGAGCAACAGUGCCGGUGGAUGCCGCACCACUGGCUGCUCCAGGACUCCAUAAGCGUCCGCUUGGUCGUCAUGCCAUUAACGCUACUGAGGCCAAGGUUACAACUGUGGAGGCACAUUCCAAACGCUUUUCCGUCAAGAUUGAUACCGAAGCAGAUCUGCAAUGGGUUAUGCAGGUGGGUAAUGAUUGUGCUGUUGCCAUGCUCGCUUAUUUUACCACCUCCUCCACCCAACUACUAAAGGCUGUCAACUAUGGAUUGACAAUGCCUCCUGAACACUGGGACAUAGUGACGCACAGCGUACACCUCUGCUGUGAAUGGUUGAGCUGCCUCCUACCUGCACAAAGUCAAAGGGUCGUGCACAUCCCGCGUGCUCUUCAUGCCAGUCCCGUGGUGUACGCGCGUCGCCUGCUCUUUGCCCUCUGUCGUUUCUUCGCGCCUCGUGCCCCUAUGGAUCGUCCAACAGGAGGCAUCUUUUCUCUCCUCCAUCAGCCGCCUCGAGACCCUCCCGACCACGCUUGUAUUGCUGCUGGCAUCUCUGCCAAUAACACUGUAGAAGAGAUUGUGCAUAACGCGGCAUUGGGAGUUGUACAGCCGAAUGCUGGCAUGGUGGUGGGAGACGGGGAGCGUUGGCUACAAGAGAAGUAUAUCCCCUUGGUUUCACGCAUCAUCAAUCGGGUAGAGCAAAUCCUCCUCACCUCGCACCUUCUUACCGCAUCCCUCUGGGAUAAUCUGCUAGAGUUUUGUCUGGCCAUCUGCUACGCAGUCCUUGCUCCACCUCCUCAGAUUGAGUACUCUGCCGUCACUAACUCGCGAGCCUUUUCGCAGUCCCCCGGGGCCCGCGGAAUGCUUCAACUGGAGUGCCUGGUAGUUGGUUUACUCAACCGAGUAUGGAUUCGCGCCCUUAGUCAUCACUACCCUUCUCCAGCUUACUGGCAGGGUCUACGGGAGCUCUGUUACGUCUCAAGGCAUAGAAUCGGUCUGAGUUACAUUUGGUCUCGUAUUCUAGUCGUCUUUACCUGCAGUCUAAUUCGUUCCCAGGGUGUCAUCGAGCUCUCCUACCCUCCAAGCGUACUUGAGGAAGGCAAUAUGGCAAACACUGCCAAAGUCUGCCCGCUUAAUCUUCCACCUCUCUCCGCCUUCGAACCCUUACUGAGUCGCAAGCUUAUGGUAGAACUUCCGGAGGAAGUGACUAAUAUCUCCUGGUUCCUUCUGCUCCAUCUGUUUGGCAAUCCUGUAGAUCUGUGCCAUCCUGCAGAGAUUACACACACUGCUGUGUUUGAGCAUUUCAGACGUUCAAACGCAGCAGCACGUUGUCGUCUGACAGUGGCAUUCCUGCCUGCCAUUUUCCACCAUGUGAUGCGGAGCCUGUCAGUAAUGGUUGACCUCUUCCUGGGUAUUGCACCUUCCCUUUCUGGCUGUCUUUCUACCUUCAUUGGAGUGCCGCCGAGCCUCUACGGGCCUCUUGCCGAUGUACCCGAGUACUUCCAAUACGCUUCAGUCCGCUCGCCAGACAUCAACUUUACCAACAAGAUCCAGGUCAGCGUUGAACCCUCAGGAUCCACGGACCUUCCCUCACCUGACAGUUCAGUACAGAAGAUCGUGCAUUCUGCCGCCUCGUCGACGGAUAUAGUAUGCAGUGUUAGCUCUCCUUCCUCCCUCAUCAACCCUCAGGCUGUAGCCGAGGCUUGGCUACAGCCCGACUUUCUAGUAACCUGUUUCUACAAUCGACCCCAUGUCACUUCCUUCAUGCGGCUUCUGGGACCUUGGCUCUUUGAGGCCGCUGUGGGGCACAACACAGAAGGUACAAUCAUCAGGGAGCGCUCGUUGAAGGUGGACAAUGCUAGUUUCCUUGUGGGUCGUGCCGAAGCUAUGGCCUGUCUUUGUCGCAUUUUCAUAUACGCCCAAAAAAACCAGAUCACCCUUAACCUUCUCACUCGUUUCUACAUAUGCCUCAUUAGAGCUCUCGAUCCCGAAGUAGAAUACGUCGUCUCUACCGUCCUUUUUCACGCGCCCGAUCUGUUGCGCGCUGACCUCACGGCCUGCUUCUCUUCGGUUGUACCCGCCCUCUUCAACGCUGCUCAGUGGGUGCUUCGAAAACCGUGUAUUGUUUGCCCGGAGUACGUCUCAAUGGUACUUCUGCGGCGGGCCAGCUUACAUCAGCUUCUUUCAAUGGUGUGUCUGCCCAACCAAUUCGAUGGCAUCCAAUUUCAAGAAAUAUCGUCCCCUUCCUCCGCAUCCUCAGAUUCGGGCACUCUUACUACGCGAACACUAAGGUUGAAACUAGCUGAACUUUUAUGCGAACUCCUCGCUUUCGAGACGGACACACAUAAUCUCCGAAUGCUUCUCAGUGCUGCCUAUACAUUGGUCUUGGAUAUGAUCGCGGUAGAACUCUCAGCGCCGGAGUCAAAAUCGAAACCCUCUCCUAAUAACGUCGACUCUUCUCCCAAUGUUGAGACAGCUUCUGGUCUGUACGCACUGCUGUUAGACAGAAUUUGCAUCUGUUUACGGCGGUGGACGAACGACUUCGCUGUGUCUUCCUUUGCACUUGACAUCCUCAGUGGGUUGGCCAAUACUCAUGUUCCUCAUCCCAGUUUGGCUCGUUGUCGCCGGUGUAUCCAGAGCAUCUGCGCCUUCAUCGAAGCUCAGUGUCGGCGUGAGAAGAAGGAUCACACACGGUUGUUGCACAGCCUCAUCAUCAAUGCUUUCCAUUGUCUUGGUGUGUGGCUAGUGGCCCAACCAAAUGGCCUUAACGAUCAGGAGACCCUCCGUGCCGUUGUUGAGACCACUAAACUAGGCAUCUUCGGUGACGAGACAGUUCCGCUGCCCCCAUCCGGAUCUAAGAUAGUCGGUUCUCUUGGGGGUCCUUCACUACCCUCUGGUAUGCCCUUUUCGAAACGCGUAAAUGAGGCAGCGGAACAGCUCCUAACCACUCUCUUUGCCGCUGCUGGGUCCUUCCCUCAGGCCGGUGGACCUGAGACCAUUUCUUGUCGCCUCACCGAAGAGCAGGUCAUCCAGCUCUCGGCCACUUCUACUUCCGCUUUUCAACACUUCCUUGUCGCCCUCCCAACUACAUCUGCCUCCGCUCCUACCACCCCUGACCUACUCCUGAGUAUUGCGGAAACGAUGAGGUCUCCUUCUAACACCUGUAACAAAAGGGAGAUCGAGGGUCCACCGGUGUUACGGCGAAGUGUCACGAAUCCCUCACCCGUCUUUACCUUUUUUCGCGAUGCCUCUGGACGUCAUCUCUGGUCUUGGAAGCUUCGUUAUGAGCCAAUAAGUGCUGGGGAGGAUACGACGAAUACUCUGCGACCAAGGAAUAUUAGACAUUUUAAAAGUUAUCUCGAAAGUAGCUGGCCGAUUAGACGGUCGGAGGAUGUAGGAGAUCCUUUCAUGCCCAGAACGAGGGAUAACAUUCCGCUUGUUAGGGCAGAGAAGGAGAUGCCAACUCUGGCGCAUUCGGUAAUGGGCUCGGUGGCGAGGAGGGAAGUAGACGCACUCAAAUCGCUCAUCGUCUCAGAGGCGGAACGUGCUGCUGCUCUCGGACGGCGCAUCCGAAAGGCUCGAAUUAAGGCUUUUAAUUCAUCCAACGCUGAGGAACAAUGCCGACCUGAACAACGGAUUGAUCAAAUAUCUUCAGGUCAUCUCCUCGCCUGUCACUUGGGCUACGUCCCGGUGAAUGCGCUGCAGGGUCCCAAUAACUCCUUCUGCGUGCCCCGAGACACCACCGCUGGAAGUAACGAUGUCACAAGCCAGUCCCAACCACAUUCCACCGCUGCCCCUCUUGCUCACCUUUCUGCCGAAAAACGUAUUCCGGGCACGCGGGACGCAGGCGGAGGCGUGGACCCUAGCCUUCUUAUACCCUCGGCUCUCAUACCUGUUUCCCCCUCUCUGGCUAAACAGUUGGAUGACCAAUCGCUAACUAGUCAGAGGUCUAGCGCCACUGCCUUCGUAUUCUAUGUUAAGAAGGGCCAAACUUCUCUUGAAGAUGUCAUCUCCAACAUGGCGUACUGGACAGAGACGUCGAAAGACUUUCAGUCUUUUCUCCACUCUCUCGGUUGGUGUGUGGAAUUCGCACAGCACCCAGGCUGGUGUGGGCCUCUACAGCGGUCUCAACCCUCUCGGUUAAGCCGCUCUGACGCCACCACAGCACACCUCUCUGGAUUUGAUGUGCGACUACGGUCUGCUGGCGUUGACUGUGAUGCUGUCGAAGGUCUCCAAUGGAAAGUACCCGAUGGCGAAGAGAUUUUCUUCUACUGGGCUGAUGCCUUCACUGAGCUGGUUGCGUUGUGUCCUUCUCAGCGAACAAAAAUUAAUAAAAAACCUCUGGAAGACCGCUCCUCAGCAGAGGAUUUCCGGGCUGCAAUUCUGUGGUUAGAGUCGUGGGAUGACGCGCUCUGGAUUCCUGGCUGGGCUAGUGAAAACAAAGGCAAUGUUGAUAACCCAACAGAAUCAACUUUGGCAACACCUGCAUUAUCAAACCCGUUGGUGACCGCCCUCGAGGUUAAAUUCUCCUGUAGUUUGGUGGUAUUAGUUCAUCCACUGUCCAGCAAUGGUCUCUUUCGCUUCGGCCUUCUGCGUCUCCACGACCUUGGCCAUGAAGCAGGUCCACUUACUACGGGAUUGCUGCUCAGCUCGCCUCUCCUCGGUGCGAUGGUUCGCUCCACUCUGGUCAAUACUCUUCACCGACUCGCUGCAGACUCCGGAGAUCCCACCAACACUACAGCUCGAAAACGUCUUGCUGCUACCGCAGCGUCAGCGGCAACGGGUUGUACGAAAGGACGCUUCGCGUCCGCUGUCCAGCUGCUGGUCUGGUCCGCGGAACAAUGCUACUGA